CCACCCGCUCCCAGGAUGAGGGAGUACCCCCAGGGGACUCACCCUGCCUUCCCCCUUAGGGUCAAGCACCAGGUGGAGUACCUGGGCCUGAAGGAGAACAUCAGGGUGCGCCGGGCUGGCUUCGCCUACCGCCGCCAGUUCUCCAAGUUCCUGCAGAGGUACGCCAUUCUGACCCCUGAGACAUGGCCCCAGUGGCGGGGGGAUGAACGUCAGGGGGUCCAGCACCUGCUCCGCGCGGUCAACAUGGAGCCAGACCAGUACCAGAUGGGGAGCACCAAGGUCUUUGUCAAGAACCCUGAGUCGAGUCCCUGGGCCUGAGAUCGGUGGCUCGCCAAUCCCAAGACCUGCCCCAGGCCCUGAUCUACCAAAGACAAACCUCAUUCCGCAUCCUCCACGCACAGAUGACCCCUCCAGCAUGUCACCAUCAGCUCUAAGCCUUUUAGCAAAAGGCUGGGAGCACCAGCAACUUGAGGCUGCCUCUGCUCACAGGGAAAAAAUGAAGUAACAGUGACAAAUCUGUUCUGCGGACCUACUGUGAGCACGGUGACUACAGUCAACAAUGCUGUGCUAUAUACUUGGAAUUUGCUGACAGUAGCUCUUCCACGUUCUCACAACAAAAAAGAAAUGGUAACCUAGCUGCUAGCUAACCUAGGAGGUCCUCAUUCUGCAGUAUAUACAUGUAUCAAAUCAACUCAUGUGCACCUUAAACUUGCACAAUGUUAUAUGUCAAUUAUAUCUCAAUAAACCUGGAUGGGGGGGUUUUUUAGAAAGCAACAGUGACAAGAACAAAAAAGCAGGGCCAAGGCAGGGGCAGCCCGGCUGGCUGUCCAUAGGGCAUGCAACUCUUGGUCUCGGGGUUGGAAGUCUGAGCCCCCACACUGGGUGUAGAGAUUACUUAAAAAUAAAAUCUUCAUAAAUAAAUAAAAAGGCAGGGCAAGGAAUCCCCCUGGGGGCCCUUCCUGGCCACCUGCUUCUAUGCGAGGAUCGGACAGCAAAUCGGGAGCCGGCCGUCUGGACGAGCUGUGGUAACUCACCACACUCCCAGGCACAUCUUACGUUCCGCAGCCUGGGCCAAGCUGGAGCACUGGGGAAAGGGCUGCUGCCUACCCAGGCCUGGCCAGGGGCCUCAUCACCUGCAUGAUGAUCAUAGCACCUGCCCCUCUAGCCCCUUAGCGACUUGAAGACAGCUAGGAAAUUGUAGAGACUAUGCCCUUGACGUUACUGUAACUUACAAGUAACUGUUCUCUCAGCAAACCAAACACAUAACACUGGGGUGGAGACUCCAGAGAUUUUGUAGCUGCAAAAAUAGUCUGUCGGGGCUCCUGGUUGGCUCAGUUAGUAGAGCAUGUGACUCUUAAUCUCAGGGUCAUGCGUUCAAACCCCACAUUAAGCAUAGAAGAAAGAAAGGAAAAGAGAAAGAGAGGAGAGAAGGAGAGAG